AGUCCACUACUACUAAUUUAAGAUAAAAUUCACUUUAUUUUCAGAUUUUAUAUCCUACGCAAUCUCGCCCUCGUGACAAUAUCUAUUUAUUUUUGUAUUUUUAAAAAACCUUGUAGCGAUAACUUUCCUUCUGGGCAGGGCGACCAUUAUACAAACCUUUCUAUGUUUAGGUUUCAGUUUCAUUUCUCAGUAACCGAACGUAGCCGGAGAUUUCGGUCAGAGCCAUAACUGGGCUGCUUUGGAAUUCUUAGCUAAAGGAACAAAUGUCAUUGCAGAAUGACAUCGACUCUGUCUAAAUUCAUCAUCAAGACCUUAUGCGACAACCAGGGGUGUUUGGAAUUCGGGAAAUUAGAAGAUCAGCUCGCACAGAAAUUCACGGUUGCGGAUUCGAUCCUACGCACUGUGCUCUUUGACGAUGGUAAAAUAGCCAUUAAAGAAAGAAGAAAGACGGGAAGUAAAAUAAUCAGCCCGGAUAGUCUGGUAGUGGCUAAAACCAAUCUGCGGCUCUGUCAGAAAAAAGCUGGAGAGUGUCCGCAGUGCGAUGGGUUACACCUGUGCAAGUAUUUUGUUUGCGGAGAGUGCACGUUCGGAGGGAAGUGUAAGAAUCCACACAGUGUGGCAUUUCCAUACAAUGCAAAGCUUUUGAAGAAGUACAAUCUUCAUGAUUUCACAGAGAAACAGCUGUUCCAGCUGUUACUGCAGAAUGAUCCUUAUCUGCUUCCUGAGAUAUGCUCACAUUACAACAAGGGCAACGGUCAGCACGGCUCAUGUAAAUUCACCACCUCGUGCACAAAGCUCCAUGUCUGCCAGCAUUUUUUCCAGGGUGACUGCAAAUUUGGCUCUUCGUGCAAAAGACAGCAUGGCCUCGAUGGACAUGCGAUGAAGCUCUUCCGAGGAUUCAGUCGUGAGAAUAUUGAAAACCUUCACAAGAUCUACAGAAAUAAAUGUAUCAUCGUGGGUCAACAGGAGAGGCAGGGUACUGGUGUCACUGUGCUAACAGAGGUAAGAACCUCAACUAAGCAGCCUCAGCAGUCUUCCCAGCAGUCUUCCCACAGCAAUCCUGGAUCCCCAACCAGUUCUGUUUGUCCAUCUAAGCCACCGAGCAAUGCUGACAUGAAUGAAAUCUGCCUUUAUUUCAUUCGCAGACAUUGCGGGUUCAAAGACAAGUGUGCACGUGUCCAUUGGCACCUGCCCUACAGAUGGCAGGUUUUAGACACUGAUGGUGUAACCUGGAAGGACUUGCCCACUAUGGAGGAAAUUGAAAAGGCAUACUGUGACCCAGCAAAAGAGACGAGCUGCAUGGAUCAACCUUCGUCCGGCUUAGGGCUUUUCAGAUUUCUGUCUCUUCAAAGCUCUUCAUCCCCUAGUGAGCAGUCGGUGGACUUCAGGACCAUGAGAUAUGGAAACUCUCCAGUUCGUCGCCUGUCCACUGCCUCCUCUGUCUCAAAGCCCCCUCACUUCAUUCUCACUACACAGUGGGUCUGGUACUGGAAGGACGAUGGUGGGAAAUGGUUGGAAUAUGGAAAGGGUGAUGAGGAAUCAUCAGUGACUUCUGAAACCCUGGAGAAUGUAUACCUUGAAGACAGAGAUACAGAGAUUCCGUUCAGUGCUGGCAAACAGCAAUAUAUUCUCCAUUUCAAAGAUGCGACAGGAGACCAGGCGAUGUAUCAGCAGAAUAUAAAAUUCAAAACCAAGCGAGAUGUCAGGAGGAGGCCUCGCUUUGUGUCUGCUCAUGACGUGGAGGACAAGCUGAAGAGUACGUCAUCAAAGAGCUCCAGCUCCUCCACAGCUGAAAGCGUACCUUCGCACUGGGACAAAAAUGCCAUACCUGAGUUUGGAUACAAGCUAAUACAUCUCUCCCAAUCUGCACCAGAUUACAAUCUGAUUGAGUCUUUAUUUAGAAGCACAAUGCCGGUGAAAAAAAUUAACAGCAUCCAAAGGAUCCAGAACCCGUCUCUGUGGAGAGUCUUCCAGUGGCAGAAGGAGCAGAUGAAGGGAAGGAACGGAGGAGACCCCUCAAUGAUGUAUUUGUUCCACGGGACUGACGAGUCUCUGAUAGAGGCCAUCUGUGAGCAAAACUUUGACUGGAGGAUGUGUGGGGUCCAUGGCACAGCCUAUGGCAAAGGGAGCUACUUUGCCAAAGAUGCAUCUUACUCUGACAGAUACGCCAGUGUCAAAGCAACUCCAAACAAGAUUAUGUUUGUUGCCCUGGUCCUGGUAGGGGACUACACCAAGGGGAGAAGCACGUACGUUCGCCCGCCGCUAAAAUCAAAUGGAAGAACGUUCUACGAUAGUUGCGUUGACUCUGAGAACAAACCCAGCAUUUACGUUGUCUUUGAAAAGCAGCAGAUUUACCCAGAAUACAUUAUCAACUACUCAUAAGUCGCAGUUUGCCUUUCCUUUUUCAGACUAGUGAAACUCUCUGGAUGGAUGUUCUUUAGUUUCGUGGUGUAUUUGAAAGUUUAGAAUUUUGCAAAUGUAGAAAAAUGAUUAAAAUAAUUUAAUAGUUAACAAAGAUAAUGACAAAAUUAAAAAAUGCAAUUAAUGAACACUCCACAGGCUAUCAUUUUACAUUUUGAUUAUUCAGAGCUCAUAUGUAUAAACAGCCUUUAAUUUUAAAUGUAGCUUCUUAUUCCUGUGACAUGCUCAGUGACUUCUCAUGUCUGUUUGAAAUGCAGUGUCAUGUAAGUUUUUUUUCAAUUCUGUAACCAAAAGAGACAAAAUUCAGCCAGUUUCUGAAAGAAGAGAAGACCAGGUUUAUAAAUGCUUGGUGUGCCUCAGAAGCACAAAGCACUCACAAAGUACUGUCGUCUGACCACAGAGAGAAAAAUCAGCUCUGCUAUAUUUAACAUGUGCGCUUCACAUUACCGCAACUCCUCAACUAUUUUGGGCUUAAGAAAAUUCAAAUUGUUCCUAAAAGAUGACAAUUUAGUAAUUUUACAGCAAUUAUAAAAA